UGUGUAGUUUCCGAUAUUAAACACGUUAAGUACACCGUCUUGUUCCUUUGCCUUUUUGUUCAGUUUUCAAAACUUUUUUGCUCCGAAUUCGCGUCUAUAAUGUCAUGGUUGAUCUCGUAGCUGGUCGGUUUGGUUUAGCGUUUAAAACUCUUUAUUUUAGGAUGUUUCGAAAUGAAAAUUAAUGAGACUUUAGCUUCCGGAAGCAGAGCCGCUGAUAAAGUGGGCGUCACUGUUCAGGUGUUUACCUGAGCCGCCAUUUUGAUCAGCAGCAGCAGAGGGAUUGAAGAGAAGCUGCGGAUUAAAGGAUUAAACCGAUUUUCUUUCUCUAAGUUUAUAUUUAGGAACAUUUACAUUCAUUCGAGUUUCUACAAACCAGGAAUUCUGAACAGACGGAACUGUUCGCUUCUUUUUGAUACAGUGAACUAUUCAAAGCUGAUAUUUACAUUUUCUGGACUUUAGGAGACUCUCUAAUACCCAGCUGUGUGUCCAUGAACAGUGAUCUUCAUGUGGAUUCUCCGCUAAUAUUCAGAGAUGGAGACCCCUCAUCAGGACACUGAUGGGUCCCCAUGCUUAAACCAGAGUCUAAUCCAGAUAAAGAGAUCAGACUCUCCAGCACCCAGCUGUCUGUCCAUGAAGAGUGAUGCGUCUAUGGAUCCUCCAGUAACACUCAGGGAUGGUGACCCCUCAUCUCUACACAGUCUGAUCAAGGCAAAGAGGUCCGAUUCUACAGCACCCAGCUGUGUGUCAGUGAGGAGUGAUGCGUCUAUGGAUCCUCCACUAACGUUAAAAGAUGGAGACCCCUCAUCUGGACACAGUCUAAUUAAGAUAAAGCGAUCAGACUCUCCAGCACCCAGCUGUGUGUCAAUGAGGAGUGAUGCGUCUAUGGAUCCUCCACUAACAUUAAAAGAUGGAGACCCCUCAUCUGGACACAGUUUCCUGCAGGGGGCAAGAGACAGAAUAGAAGAGGAAAUCAUCACAGAUAAAGAACAUGGCCAUGAUUCUGAUGCGGUGAAAGUCCAAGAAAACUUCAAAUUGAAUCUGAAACAGAAGUUUCAGUGUUUGAAUGAAGUGAUAACAAACCAGGACACCCCAACACUUCUCAGUGAGAUCUACACAGAGCUCUACAUCACAGAGGGAGACGGUGGAGAGGUCAAUAAUGAACAUGAGGUCAGACAGAUUGAGGUAACAUCCAGGAGAACAGCAACAGAGGACACACCAAUCAAAUGCAAUGACAUCUUUAAACCCUUAUCUGAACCAGACCAACCCAUCAGAACUGUGCUUACAAAGGGAGUCGCUGGCAUUGGAAAAACAGUCUCUGUGCAGAAGUUCAUUCUGGACUGGACUGAAGGGAAAGCAAAUCAGGAUGUCCACUUCAUAUUUCCACUUCCUUUCAGAGAACUGAAUUUGAUGAAGGACCAAAAACUCAGUUUGGUGGAUCUUCUUCAUACACGGUUUAAGGAGAUUAAAGAAAUGGAAAUAUCCAGAUCUCACAAAGUUCUGUUCAUAUUUGAUGGUUUGGAUGAGUGUCGUUUAACUCUAGAUUUUCAGAGCACUGUGAGAUUGGAUGAUGUCACUCAGUCAUCCUCAGUGAAGAUGCUACUGACCAAUCUGAUCAAGGGGAAUCUGCUUCCCUCUGCUCUCAUCUGGAUCACCUCCCGACCUGCAGCAGCUGAUCAGAUCCCCUCUGAGUGUGUGGAUCGACUGACAGAAGUACGAGGGUUCAGUGACCCACGGAAGGAGGAGUACUUCAGGAAGAGAAUCAGUGAUCAGAACCUGACCAAUAGAAUCAUCACACACCUGAAGACAUCAAGAAGCCUCUACAUCAUGUGCCACAUUCCUGUGUUCUGCUGGGUUUCAGCCACUGUUCUAGAGAGAAUGUUGGGUGAAGCAGAGAGUGGAGAGACUCCCAAAACUCUGACUCAAAUGUACACACACUUCCUCAUCAUUCAGACACAAAUCAUGAGAGAAAAGUACACAAAGAAGCAGAAGACAGAUGAAGAAGUACUUCUAAAACUGGGACGACUGGCUUUUCAGCAGCUGAUGAAAGGAAACCUGAUCUUCUAUGAGGAAGAUCUGAGAGAGUGUGGCAUCGCUGUUGAAGAAGCAUCAGUGUACUCAGGUGUGUGUACACAGAUCUUCAGAGAGGAAUCUGGGCUGCACCAGAGUAAAGUGUACUGCUUUGUUCAUCUGAGCAUUCAGGAACAUCUUGCAGCUCUAUAUGUGCACCUGACCUUCAUGACCCAGAAGAGAAAUGUGCUUAAACUGAGUCAGUCCUCUAAACUGAGGAGCCUCAGGAGAAAAGAAAUUAAAAUCUCAGAUGUACACAAGAGUGCUGUGGAUCAGGCCUUACAGAGUAAGAAUGGACAUCUGGAUCUUUUCCUUCGCUUUCUUCUGGGUCUCUCACUGGAGUCCAAUCAGACUCUCAUACAAGAGUUAGUGACACAUACAGGAAGUAGCUCCCACACCAAAGAGGAAACAGUUAAAUACAUAAAGAUGAUGAUAAAUGAGAAUCCCUCUGCAGACAAAUCCAUCAAUCUGUUUCACUGUCUCAAUGAACUGGAUGACCGUUCUCUAGUUGAGGAAGUUCAGCAGUAUCUGCAGUCUGACGAACUAAACCAAAGAACACUCUCUUCUUCACAGUGGUUAGCGGUGGUCUUUGUUCUGUUGACAUCAGGAGAGAAUCUGGAUAAAUUUGUUCUACAGAAAUAUAACAGAUCGGAUGAUGUUCUUCUGAAGCUGCUGCCUGUAGUUGCAGAAUCCAGAACAGCUGAUCUUUCAAACUGUAAUCUGACAAAGAAAAGCUGUGCAGCUCUGGCCUCAGUGCUCAACUCAGAAUCCUCCAGCCUGAGAGAGCUGAAUCUGUCUUGUAAUAAACUAGGAGAUUCAGGAGUGAAGCUGCUGUCUGCUGGACUGGAGGAUACCUUCUCUAAACUGGAGACAUUGAGGUUAUUUAAGUGUAAUAUCACAGAUGGAGGCUGUGCUGCUCUGACUUCAGCUCUGAAAUCAAACCCCUCACACCUGAGAAAGCUGGAUCUGUCUCUGAAUAAACUAGGAGAUUCAGGAGUGAAGCUGCUCUCUGCUGUACUGGAGAAUCCUCUCUGUAAACUGGAGACAUUAUGGUUGUGGGAUUGUAAUAUCACAGAUGGAGGCUGUGCUGCUCUGUCUUCAGCUCUGAAUUCAAACCCCUCACACCUGAGAGAGCUGAAUCUGUCUGAGAAUAAAGUAGGGGAUUCAGGAGUGAAGCUGCUCUCUGCUGUACUGGAGAAUCCUCUCUGUAAACUGGAGACAUUGCGGUAAGAUGUUGUCUUCACACAUGACCUGGUCCUCAGCAACACAUUUUCUCCCAAUAAGGCAUAUUUGAUAAAUUCACUUCAUAGUAUGACACCUUAGUGACCUAGUAACUAUGCUUAGACUUAUCAUGCACAAAUAUAGUAUAAUUAUAUACUAUAUAUAAUUGUCUGUUAUGAAUUAUUAUGACUCACUAUUAAUGAACGAACACGAUCUGAUAUUAACAAAUGAUCUGCAUAAUGUAACAUUUUCAUAUUUUGAUAAGGAUUUCUGUUGUUGUAGUUGUUGCAGUUGUUGUUAUUAUUAUGAUUAUUAUUAGUAGUAGUAGUAGUAUUUGUCAUUUGGCACAUGUUUGUUAUACAUUCAUGAAUUGCCAUAUCACAUAUUUUGUUUUUAAUAUUUACUUCUUAUUGAAUAAUUUUUUUUGUUCAUGAUCUGUUCUUUAUUGCUACUAAUAUUAACUGAGAGUGAACAGUUGUAAGAUUAAAAUAUAUAAACAGUCUAAGUUUUUUUAUAUUGUUUAAUCUUAGUUACUAUAUUAUUUAUCUUAUCAGAUAAUUUGUCUGUUCAUUCUGUAAAUGUAUUAUGAUAUUUGAUGUUAACUACUGCAGGAAAAAGUAAUUCCCUCUUAUGUUUUUUCAUUAGUUAUGGAGUGCAAUUCAUUAUUCAUUACAGAUGAUUACUAUAUUAGUUCAUGAUUUGUUUGUGCAUAGUUAUGAGGUUACUAAGGAAUCGUAGUGUAAAGUGUUGCCAUAUUCUCUGAUCUCUAUUCAAUUGUAGGUUCACAGUCAAUAUCCUGAGGAUGUUUGUUUCAGUUCUUCAGAGACUUUUCAUUCUCUCAUCAUGCUGUUUGUUGUGUUUGUUUUCUGUAUUCAUAUUUGAAUUUCCUGAUUGAAUGCUAAAUGAGGACAUCAGUGACCUGGUUGUCAGACUGCAGACUGUAUUUUAAACACGAGAAGGGCGGCAGUGCAGCAACAGAUUCUCAACACAGUGAUGUCUGAGUAGCACUGCAAUAUGUCGAGACCAAGAAAAGAACAAGAUCAGUAAUUCAUGGACUUGAAAGUUGUAUAAUUGUAAUAUCACAGAUGAAGGCUGUGUUGCUCUGACUGCAGCUCUGAAAUCAAACUCAUGGCUGAGAGAGCUGCAUCUGCCUGGGAAUAAACAGAUAAAGACAGGACGUGAGCUGCUGUUAGCUCUUAAGCGUGACAAACAUUACAGACUACAAGAUCUAAGAAUGUGAUAUUGAUGAUGUGUAUUAUUAAUCACCAAAGAGAUGACAUCAUGAAGAUAUGAAGUGAUUUCUGAAAGAGACCUAAGUGUGGCAUUCUCCCACCCAGUUCGCCAAACCCCAAUGUGAGCAUUCCAAAUGCAGCAGUUACGCGUUGACAGGACUUAAUUGGACAUUUCUGAAAUGAUGGCACUUUGGCUUGGAGGUGAACUGGCCCAGGAGCGUGAACUGGUCCAGGCGAGUAAACUUUGGUAGUGUGGGAGGAAGAUGCUGUUUGUAGUGGAUUGUCUGAGAAAUAAAUGUAAUAAAUACCAUGUAAAAAAGUAUGGAUGCCUGGUUCAAUGAAAAUGUUUGUACAAGCAAAGAAGUCAUAAGUGACAGUUGUUCAUUUUGAUAGCUCUGUUUGUUUAGGUAAAGCAUGCAUUUUCUAAUUUACAAAUAAUUACUAAAAUCAGGCUUGGAAAAGUCACUUUCUCAGCAUGCAUUUAUCAACCAAACAACAGCGUACAUGUAUCUAAAUUCUUUGCAGUGAGCCACCUUUUAGCCAGCAUGAUCAUUUUGGCUAGGCAAGGUGAAAAUGGCACAAAACCUUAAUGAUUAACUUACCGUCGGAUUUAUCUGGAGGUUCGUCCAGCUGCAGAUCACUGUUACUUCCAGGAAUAAUACCUGACAAAGAGUUCAUCUACAACGGACAAUCUUGAUGACGCAGGGCCUCCUCCUGUCUGAGACUGUUCCUGCUGGGGUGUGCUGAUAUGUUUUUUUAACAUUGAAGCCUCAUGUCGAAUGAUUUUCUCUCGAGCUGGACUGUUGUGGUAACCAAAGAAACUGCAUUUACAGCACAUGUAAUUGCUGCGAAGAUGCUUUUUUUGCUUUUUUUUUUGGACUAAUAACACCACUGUGGACACUCAAAAGUAAAAAUUGCUGUGGGUCCUCCCUCCAUUGGCUCCUUUAUAUGGUGGUCAUUUGUCAUUCAUUGGAAUGGAUUAUGGUAAUUGUAUGCUAAUUAACAUGCACAUGCACCCGAUUUCCGAACCAUUGGUAUUCAUUAACAUAAAUAUGUUCUACUAAUAAAUUUGCUGUUUACGCAGCGUUCUUAAAUCUGGGGGCGAGUUUUCAGAAAGGUACUUGUAAUUUAUUUGUUUUUAUGAAGGUUUCAUAAAUGAGGCCUAGGGUGUGUUAAUACAGUAUGAGUGUGUGGACUAGAUGGAUGUGUGUGUGUUUGUGUACAGAAAACUUCAUGAGAAAAAAAAAAAGUAAACAAACAACACCAAAGAUGAAUGUAUGAUAUUCUUAUGUAUGAGAAUCUUCUACUCUGUCACACUCAGGUAACAGAUGGACCAUGUGCUACUUUGUCCAGUGAAGAAAACAGACUGUAAACUAGUCACAGGUCAUAAUGUUUUAUAUGUAGAAACCAGAAGAAAUGUUUU